CUGAGGAGCGGACCUCUGGUCUGACUGUCAAUGCUGCAAGUUCUGUCUCAUCCCUCAGGUAUCUCCGGACAGAACCUGCGACCUCUGGACUUCUGGUGGUGUAUAGGCCACAGGUGCCAUGAGGCUUACGCUGGGGAACAGCUGCCCGUUGCUGCACCUCCUGGGGGCUCUAGCCUUACUCCUGUGUCCCUCCAGCUUGCAGGGUUGCAGUGCCCCCCCUGACAUUCCACAUGGGCAGUACACAUACCUUACUGGAUACCUAGCACUCACGACUGAGGUGAAGUAUGAGUGCAAUAAAGGAUAUGCUCUGGUCGGAACAGCCAUAAUCUCCUGCAUGUUUUUAGGAUGGUCGUCACCUGCUCCUCAGUGUCAAGCUUUGUGCCUAAAGCCAAAGAUACUGAAUGGAAAGCUGUCUGUGGAGAAGGAGCAGUAUAUCAGCCCUGAAACUGUCACCAUCCAGUGUGACCCUGGCUACAGGAUGGCUGGCCCCCAGAGGAUCUCCUGCUCAGAGGACAAAUCUUGGAGCCCAGCUGUGCCCAGCUGUGAAAAGCAAGUUCCUGAAGAUCAUAAUAUUGUCGAAGCAGGCAAAAACCUCUUACAAUGUCUCCCAAGUCCCAGGGAUGCAAAAGUAGCCCUGGAGUUACGCAAACUUUCUCUGGAGAUUGAAAAACUGGAGCAAGAGAGAGACAAGAAGAAAAUCAUCUAAAUAUAUGACAGCUCUUUUCUCAAGAAGAUGAAGCAAAGAUUUGCUUUUCUGUAUGCUGAGAGAAAACCUCAGUUUACCAACUCCAUUCAAGCAUUAUCAUUUAUUGUAAUAACUUCGGUAGAACUUGCUAAUACGCAUAGUGACCCUGGAAUGAGAAAUUACAAAUAAUUUUUAUAUCAUUAACCUGCUUAAAUUUUUAUACUUCUGGAUUUGGUAGGCUGGGUGAAAUAAACCAUUA